GUAAUAAAACGUCUUAUGUAUUUGACCUUGGGUUUGCGGGUUAUUCGUCUCACUUUCGAACCGGGCGGGUUAUGAAUUUCUUGAGUAUUCCUUUAAAGAAGUCGGCUCCUGUUGAUUUAUCUAGUAGUUUUCAACAGUUGAUCGCCCUUCAAUAUGGUGCUUUGACCGCGAAUGCAUGCCUUGGUUCACUCGGUGAGUUAGCGUCAAUGCGAACUGUCGCAUGUGUCAAAGGCGAUAACUACAAUCCGACAGUCGAAGCUAUCGCAGCGUAAGUUAAAUGGUACUAAUAACUGUAUUUGGUAUUCUCGUUUCUAUUCAUUUUAUUUUAGGAUUUUUGAUCUGUCUUCAGUGUUUAAUCUUCCUCAUACCGUUCACUAUUGUUUUGUGGUUACAUAAGCACCAAUUUUCCAUCCCAGAUUUCAAAAGUCAGCAUAUUUCUUCCUCAACUGCUCGUUGGUUUGCUAUGAAUAUUUUGUAAUGUCUUUUUAAAUUUGUAACUACCUGACUAUUGAUCUUUGGAGAUUCAUUGUUUGCUACAUUAUAUUUGGCAUCCUUCUAAUGUGUCUGAUGUAACAAGAUCUUUGAUUAGGGAUUCGAAAUUUUAAAAUUGAUGAUCCCAUUAGUAAGACGCUCUUUGGUAGUCCCGGGGGUUGAAGGUCCUUAUAUAUAGAUUGCUCUUUUUCAAAGCAAGCAAAAUAUUAUGGUAACAAUUGUCCUCAUAAAGUUCACCUAACAAAAAGCAGUCCAACUGAUCAUUCAGUUAUGUUCGUCACUUAGAUUAAUCUGGUCAACAUGUACUAUGUGGAACUCCUGUUUUGUGUCCAGCAAACCAUUCGGAAAAUGCAUGUAGCGAUGUGGUGUACCAUGAUGCUAUGUAUCAACUAGAAGGACGUCUAAAUGUGAAUGUUGCUUCACGAGUUGAUUUUAAAUGGAGUGAUAUUUCUGGAAAAUCUAACAAAAAAGAGAGCUCUCUUAAAUUUGAACGUUCAAAUGUUUUGUUUUGCUAUGGUGCUGCUCACAGUCAACUUGGUGAAUCGUGCCGUCCCAAUUGUGAAAAUUCACUCCAACAAGCUUUGAAAUCUUUCAAGAUUGCUUCCUGCACAUUUGAUUACAUAUCUUCAGAUUUGAUGUCUGGGGUUAAGGAUCCUCUGCCAGAUUUAACUUCAUCAGCACUAACACUGUUCAGUAAUCUUAUGCUUGCCCAAGCAUAUGAAUGUGUCCUCUCGAAGGCUGAAAAAGAUAAGAAAAAGCCUGCCAUUUUAGCAAGAAUAGCAUCAACCUUGACUAGUCUUUACGAAGAGUGCCUGUCAGAUUGUUCAAGUGGAGCUAAAAAUGUUGUUCCAAAAGAUUGGUCUGGUGUAUUAAGCAUGAAAAAAGGUUUAUAUGAAGCUUUGACCCAAUAUCAUCAAUCUAAAGCUUGUUGCGAAGCCAAACAGUACGGGGAGCAAGUAGCUCGCUUAUCAUUUGCUUAUGAACUAAUCAAAGGUGUUGCUCGAAGUAGUUGUUUUCAACGAAAGAAUUUAGUGGAACAAUUUAAACAAGAAGAAUCAGUUGCAAUAAAAGACAAUGAUCAUAUAUAUCACGAAAAGGUACCUCCCAGAGGAAGUCUUGCUCCUGUCGAAAGUGUUGAUGUCAUUAAGAAAACCCCACUUACGUUCCCUUUGUCUUCAUCGAAUACCAAAGAUUACUUCGAAAAUCUACUUCCUAUCGCUGUUACAGAAGCUGUUAACACUGCCAAAGGUGUUCGUGCAUCUCUUAUUGACAGCGAAAUUUGUACGCUACGAGGAGCAUCCACUAAAUUGAAUGAAGUGUUAGCUUCAUACAAUUUCCCGGCAGCAUUACUUGCUAAAGGAUCAAACUCAAUUACGGAUAAUAUUUUAUCCAAAGCUACUUCUAUACGUCGAGAUGGUGGAGCAGAAAAAUUGUAUCAGCAACUAAUGUCGAUACCUGAAUGUGUUCAACGUAAUAAGGAAAUUAUUGAGGCUGAGAAAAGUUCACUAGAUGAUGAAGAGAAUUCUGAUAAUAGUUUACGAAAACAAUAUGGUGAACGUUGGUCACGGAAACCAUCAAGUGAAUUAAACAAAUUAUGGCGUUCUGAUAUACAAAAAUGUUUGAAUUUACUUGAACAAACUACGAAAACUGAUGCGUCUCUUUUAGAACGAUAUGAAAAGCAUAAAGAACAUUUCGAAAUAUUAAGUAAACCAGAAAAUGAACUUGAAGCGCUUAUUGGAUCAGAUGCAAAAGUUGCCGAAUCUGAUGCUGAAGCCAAUAAUGAAGAAUUAAGAUCUGAACUAACUCAGUUAUGCGACAAACUAGAAUUAAUUAAAACGGAAAGAAAUGAUCUGAUAGAACAGUUGAAGUUAGUUGAUUAUUCACCGGAUCUAGUUAAAAGGCUAUUGACGUACUAUAUAGAACAUAAUGAAACAGUUGAUUUACAAAUUGCUUCUGAUAUGCUUGAUGAAAAAAUGGUGUCCGUGCGUGAACUUAUUCAAGAUAAUCUAAAUAAACAAGAAACUUUAUUAAAUGACUUACAAACAAAAGCUGAUAUGUUUUACGGUGGGUCCGAUAGUAAUUCAAAAGACAAAGGACUAUUGACAAUGCUUAAUCUGGCUGCAGAUGAGUAUUCUUCACUUAAAGAAGCUGUUGGUGAUGCCACGAAAUUUUACGCUGAGCUUACUGAGAUUUGUGUGAAUACCCAGUGUAAGAUUGAAGAUUUCUGCGCUGCACGUACUACUGAGAAAAAUGAAUUAAUGUCUGAUAUUACAACAAAUAUAAGCCGAGUUCGUGUUUCAGAUCAACAAGUUUUUCCGAAACCAUCCGUCCCUGCUCGACCUGAACCAUCUUAUGCUAACCGUGUCAACCCUGUUCCUCCUGCUCAUCCUCAAGUUCCAAUGCCAACACCAACAAUCCCCAUGAUGAAUAAUACCACAUAUCCGAUGCCUCCACAAGCAUGGAAUCCUCAAGGCUAUCCUGUGAUGCCUCAACCUUCACCAUAUGGAAUGGCUCCUUAUCCAGCAAUGUAUCCAUUCUAUGGCGCUUAUCCUACAAUGCCAAUGCCUCCAAAUGCAGCAUUUUCUCCUCCUAACAUGAUGCUUCCUGCUCAUUCAAUGGGUGGUAAUGGUGCUUUUCCUAGUGUUGGUGGAGGUAAUACUGACGCACAUGUUCCCCUUCCUGGUGGUGGUCUUCAGGGACAAUAUCUACCUGGACAACCUUCUGCACAGCCUUAAAAAGAUUUCCCUAUGAACAUUUGAUUUUUAUUAUAUUCUUCAUAUCUUUGUUUAACAAAUGUUUCUUAUGUUUGUGUUUUUGUACUUCACAAAACGUGUAUUUAUUAUAAGUAUCCCAUUUAUUGAUUUAUUUUUCGACAAUCUUUACAACAACAAAAAAAAGACUAUUUAAUGAUCUAAAAUACUUUGAUGUUUCUUUCUCAUAUUCGUCCUCUUCUAUAAAUAAAAAGCUAAAAAGUGACUUUCGACUGCUUGUAUUCUUUGACUUUUUAUGAGGUUAAUGAUGAACAAGUGUUUUGUGUAAGCAAUCAUUGAUUUUUUUUUUCACGAAUAGACACAUACACCGAAUUUAGCAUUAUGACUGUGAAUUCAAUGUAUAUCUAAAUUAAAAAUAAAUCUUUUGCUAUUCAAUC